AUGCACGAGGCAAACAUCAGUUACUCCAAUCUAUCUAUCUAUCUAUCUAUCUAUCUAUCUAUCUAUGUCUGUUCAUUCAUUCAUUCAUUCUUUCUUUCUUUCUUUCUUUCUUUCUAUGUCUGUUCAAUCUAUCUAUCUAUCUAUCUAUCUAUCUAUCUAUCUAUCUAUCUAUCUAUCUAUCUCAGUCUAUUCCAAUCUAUCUAUCUAUCUAUCUAUCUAUCUAUCUAUCUAUCUAUCUGUGGAUGCGCGGUGGUCUUUUCUUUCUUUCUUUUCCUCUUAUUGAUUUUAAAUUCGUAUUUCUUUCUUUUCCGCAAUUCAUUAUUUCUUUUCUUUCUUUCUUUUCCAAAAUUUUUUCUUUCUUUCUUUCCUUUCCCUUAUUGUCUUUUAAAUUCGUCUUUUCUUUCUUUUCCGCAAAAAACGAACUUUCUUUCAAAUCUUUCUUUCUUUCUUCCUUUCUUUUUCCUCUUAAAAUUCGUCUUUAAUAUUAUCUUUUUUUUUUCUUUUUUUUUACUUUCUUUCUUUCUUUUCCUCUUAUUGUCUUUUAAACACGAAUUUAUUUUUUUCCGCAAUUCUUUUCUUUCUUUAUAUUUCUUUUCUUUUCUUUCUUUCUUUCUUUUCCUCUUAAAAUUUUUUCUUUAUUCAAUUUCUUUUCAGCCUCUUACUGAAUUUAAAUUCGUCAGAUUUUUGAGGUUUUUCUUUCUUUCCUUUUCUUUCUUUCUUUUUCCUCUUAUUGUCUUUAAAUGUCUUUAUUUUUUCCGGGGCCCGAAACUUUCUUUCACUUUCUUUUCUUUUUUUUUCCUCAAUGUGUUAAAUUCGUCUUUAUUUUUUUCCGCAAUUCUUUCUUUCUUUCUUUCUUUUCCUCUUUUGUCUUUAAAUUCGUCUUUAGAGAUUGUGCGGAAAUUUUCUUUCUUUCUUUCUUUCUUUCUUUCGCUUUUCCUCUUAUUGGAAAUUUCGUUUCAAUUCAAACUUUCUUUCUUUCUUUUUUCUUUCUUUUCCUCUUAUUGA